AUGAGUGACCAGAUAUCCUCGUGGAAUGUCGUCCACAGGUUUGAGAAGCGCGGUCUUCUCAUUGCCAUCAACUGCGUUGCGGCCCUGUCGAUUCUCUUCUUUGGAUAUGACCAGGGCAUGAUGUCCGGAGUUAACAACUCCAAGGACUACAUCGACCUCAUGGGGUUUGGCUACACUGAAAUGAAGGACGGCCAUCCCUCCCCUGUGGUGACAAACAGCCUGCUUCAAGGUGGCAUUGUCAGUGUUUAUUAUCUAGGAACACUCUUCGGCGCUUUAAUUGGUGGCUGGACUGGAGACAAGGUGGGUAGAAUCAAGACGAUUGCCUUUGGUUCAGUCUGGGCGACCUUCGGGGCUGCUCUACAAUGCUCGGCACAGAACCAUAACUGGAUGAUCUGCGCACGGUUUAUCAAUGGAAUCGGAACCGGGAUACUCAACGCCAUUGUUCCCGUAUGGGCAACCGAAACCGCAGAACACACGAGCCGUGGCCAGUUCAUCGCAAUUGAAUUUACCUUGAACAUCUUUGGUGUUGUCCUCGCAUACUGGCUUGAAUUUGGCCUGUCUUUCAUAGACAACGGUGCAUCACCCUUCCGCUGGCGCUUCCCGAUUGCUUUCCAAAUUAUCUUCUUGAUCGUCCUGUUCGCCGUUGUUUGGUUCUUUCCCGAAUCCCCACGUUGGCUGGUCAAAGUUGGUCGGGAGCAGGAGGCUCGCUAUAUACUGGGUAGACUCCGUGGCAGCAGCGGCGAAGAUGCUAUCCGGGCCGAGGCCGAGUUCCAGGAUAUCCUUAGCGUCGCGGAGGCCGAGAAGUCUAUGGGUCAUAGCACGUCUUACCUGGCCAUGCUCUUCGGAUACAAGACUGGGAAGCUUCAUCUGGGUCGCCGUGUUCAGCUUGUGGUAUGGUUGCAGAUCAUGCAGGAAUGGGUUGGUAUUGCCGGAGUCACUGUUUAUGCGCCCACCAUCUUCAGCAUCGCCGGAUUUGAUUCCAUGAAAAGUCAGUGGAUCAGCGGUUUGAAUAAUGUCUUCUACAUGUUUGCUACUGUGAUUUGCGUAUUCACUCUUGACCGGAUCGGCCGUCGGUGGACCUUGUACUGGGGAGCGGCAGGCCAAGGAAUUGCCAUGUUCCUUGCUGGAGGGUUCUCACGCAUUUCGAUUGACGCUCGUGACGCCGGAAAUAUGGCACGGGCUGAAUCGUUUGGUGCCGCCGCGGCUUCCAUGGUCUUCAUCUUCACUGCAAUCUUCGGAGCCACCUGGUUGACAACUCCCUGGAUUUAUCCCGCGGAGAUCUACCCAUUGGCCGUGCGCGCCAAGGGUAAUGCCUGGGGUGUCGUAGGUUGGAGUAUCGGAAAUGGUUGGCUGACACUCCUCUGCCCUGUAAUGUUCGAGUCAAUUGGAGAGAAGACUCUUUAUGUCUUUGCUGCCAGUAACGUGAUCGCCAUCCCCAUGGUCUGGGCGCUGUACCCCGAAAGCAACCAGCGGACGCUGGAGGACAUGGACCUGCUAUUCGCAGCUGAUACGCCCUGGGUGUGGGAUGCGGAGAAGACAUUUGCCCGCCUCAAGGCCGAGAACCCAGGCUAUGUUGAGACUGCGGCGAGGAAGAAUAGCAUUCUGGAUGAGGAGGCUGCCAAGUCGGUCACUUUGACGCAUCACGAGAAUGCUGCUUGA